AUGUCCGGAAUCUAUAAUGGCGGAGCCUCAUCGGAACCCGAAAAACGACGCCUUGGCGUCCAGGCUUACACGGUAGGAUGGGUUUGUGCGCUUCCUAUCGAGUACGCAGCAGCAACCAUGAUGUUGGAUGAGGAGCAUGAGGACCCACCUCACGAUGAUAACGAUACAAACAUAUAUACUUUGGGUCGCAUAUUCGGUCGCAAUAUCGUUAUUGUAUGCCUUCCAGCAGGUCUAAUCGGUUCGGCGUCUGCUACCGCAGCGGCAAUAGAAAUGAAAGCCAAGUUUCCCCGAAUUCAGUUCGGCUUGCUGGUUGGUAUUGGAGGCGGCGCCCCAAGUGGAACAACGGAUAUACGACUUGGUGAUGUUGUCGUUAGCCAACCUCACCUACAGCAUGGCGGAGUUGUUCAAUACGAUUUUGGGAAACAGCAUCCGAAGGGUUUCCUGCGGACAGGGCACCUCAAUACGCCACCGAAAUAUUUGCUCAAUGCCGUCUCCAAGCUCAUAUCCAAUCAUAUUCGGGGCAAAAAUACCCUCCUAAAUCAUCUCGCGGCAGCUACCUCCCAGCCGGACUUCGCACGUAAAAACGCAGGGGAGGAUAUUUUGUUCGAACCUACUUUUAUACAUGUGGAAGGUGCGAUGUGCGAGAAUUGUAAAAUUCAAAAGGAAAAAAUAAUCCAGCGUGCCCCCCGAAUUGGCCAGGAAUACAUGAUUCACUACGGUACAAUAGCGUCUGGAAGCUCGCUUAUUAGAGAUGCUCAAACUAGGGAUAGGUUGAGCUCGGAACUCGACGGUGCAAUAUGUUUCGAGAUGGAGGCGACUGGGUUGAUGAACCAUUUUCCAUGCCUUGUUAUCAGAGGUGUAUGUGACUAUGCGGAUUCACAUAAAAAUAAGUUAUGGCAACCCUAUGCAGCCGCUAUUGCAGCCGCUUGCGCUAAAGAGCUUCUAUCAAUCAUUCCUCUAACUUCAGAGUCUCAAGCAAGAUGUGAUACUGUGCUCCACAGCGACUCGAUCUUUCUUCAACCAAGGCUUUUAGUUCGUGAGGAUAUACUAUCAUUUCUCACUGGGGCCAUUAACGGAGAUGGGAGUGCUAGGGUGGUCUUGCAUGGUCUCCCAGGCAUUGGAAAAUCGACAAUGGCGCGGUAUUUCGCCUACCAGAAACGAGACGAAAUGACCGUUCUUUGGAUAACGGCGAGCUCGAAGGAAACGAUGGCCAAGGGAUUUGAGCAAUAUGCAAGGCAGAUUCGUGGAGACGGACACGCUUUAUCCCAACCAGUGUCAAUCAUUCGUCAAUUUCUUUCAAAAAGUUUUGAUGGCCGUUGGCUACUGAUCCUCGACGGACUAGACGAUACAACUAUUGACGUCGAGCAAUAUAUUUUUAAUGGCCUACCAAACGCCAAAAUUCUAGUGACGACAAGACACACAAAAGUUGCUAGUCAUAUCGGGGCCACUUACGUCCUGCAAGUCAAUUCAUUGAAUCAGAAUAACGCACAGCAGCUCCUUUCCCAAUAUAUAAACCCCAUCUCGACAGAUACAAACCUAACAAAAGGUAGCGAGCCACCCCAAGAGGAAACAAAUGCCAGAGCCCAACUUGUAGCUGAGCUCGGCGGUCUUCCCCUUGCGAUAUCUAUAAUCGGAGCCGCGCUGAGGGACGGAACCGGCGUGUCGAGCAUGAACUGCCAGACAUAUCUUAAAUGGCCAGCUGAAGUUCAGGCUGGUUUCUUAGCACAGGACCCCGAAUUCUCCAGCUAUCCUUACUCAGUCUGGAAUGCCUUUAAAUUCGCAUUUGAGAGGAUAUUGUCUAAUACGGAGAAAGACCAGCAUGUAUCUUCUACGGCCUUUUUUAUUGCAUCUUGUGAAAGUGCUCGGAAUAUUGCUGAAUACCUCCAGCUCUAUCGCCAAAUUUCUAAGAAUUUAACCCUGGAAAACAUUGACUUUCUUAAAGAUGGGUAUUUCGAACUCGCAAUACAAAAACUUGUAGCAACCAACAUGGUUACUUGUAGUUUGGUUCCUGGCAGGCCGCCACAUAUCGAAAUGCACUCACUUGUGAGAGGUUGGAUCGGACAUAUCUAUAGCGAGCGAAUACAUAGUUACACGGCCUCAAAAAUAUGGCUUAUGGGAUUCCAUAUUUACGACAGCGUUACGACAGGCCGGGUUAAAGAAAGUCGAUUUGCAGGUCUUGUGGGUGAACUCGACAGCCUGGUUCAACAGAAUUCUGACACAUUACACGAAAGCUGGAAAGACAUGCCAGACAUAGUUUUCCCACUACUGUUGGUGUCGCAGAAGUACUUACUACAGCCAAUCGAUUAUGUGCCCGCCGGAAACCCGGAAACAUUGCGAUUUUCUAAGCUCUCAGAGGCCCUGCAGCCGGAAAUCAAUGCUGCUUGCCAUUCUACUCUCAAGGGCAUCGACUGGGGAAUUUUAUGGAGGGAGUUCAUCCAAUAUCUGGAAUAUAGCGCCCGCUUCAACUCUAGACUUGAACCUGUAGGGAUCGAAAGAACGCCAGUGGGGCUAGAGUUUUAUCCCAGUUCCGUGGGUAUAUCUAAUUAUGAAGGCAUCGGAGCAUUGAUAGAAUCCCUCUCGGACCUCCGGCCAUGGGCUGCUAUCGGUCAUACCAACCUUGUUCAGGGUAUCAAGAUGGCUAUUACGGCAGAAAUGGAACGCUCCAUAGAUAUUCUAGACCCCGAAGCAGUCAAUCAAGCAUGUGGAGCCAUCUCCGAGGGCUCCGACCCUGCCAUCCACGAGUGGAUGAAUACAUGGAUUCUUGAUGUCGAGGAAGUCCUUCGUCGCGCACUUAGGAAGGUAUUUACGAAAUGCCCCGGGACAAGCAAUGAGGAUAAAUACCUAGAGCACCCUUUUGUCAAUCCAGGUCCACAGGACCCCUUAAAACCUUUCUUUGCUGUCCUCUACCAGGCAGCGAAGGUAGGCGCUGGGGGGUUUGGUAGCCAAGGAAAAGAUAUACUUAACGACCGAUGUCCUGUCCUGGAGGAGCCGGUUCGAUUAGAGCAGCUAAGAGAUUACAUCGCGAAACUGGUGGUGAUUAGUGUCUCGAAGAGUUUUAUUGAAGCCGCCCAGAUCGGGUUCACGAGAGCGUUUGAACGAUUACGUUCUCCAUCUGCCGCUAAAAGAUUAGCAAAUGCAGUCUUUUCAAAUGCAAGGGUUACAUAUACAUUUCUCGUUUGGGGUUCUUUCAGCAACACCGACAACCUGGAUCUCAUAAAAAAACCGCCUCAUGAGAUUUGGGAUUCGGAUUUCACGCGGGCGGCGAAUAUUGUACGGUCACGUGUACUACGUGCGAUGAAAACUUUAUAUGGUGGCCAGGUCUCCAGCGCGGAUGCGAAGGACUCCAUAGUGCAGGCCGUCUAUGCGAUGCAUAUAUGUCGCACGAUAGUUUUACGCACCCUUGAUACCCGACCUCAACACCACUUGGACACUAUCGAGACGAAACUAUUACCACUACACCAUGCUGGAGACUAUCAUACAAAUAUUGUCUGCGCCCAUGGUUUUCAUAAACGCACGGAGGUACUAUAUCCUUACAAUAUCAUCAAAAUUUCAACAGAGAUUGCUCUGCUGAGCAUGCAAGAAGCACUAGUGUUAAUAAUCGAAGAGAUGAAGCGGGAAUUCCAGGAAGCCCUAGAAGAACUCGAAAGGUCACGCAAAAUGAUCAAAUACUAUGAAGAACAGUUGGAGCUGACCGAACGUGUGAAUUCCAUAAUGCCUGGUGUCGACGAGACCAAACUGCUACAACAAAUUGAAGAAGCAAAAGAAAAAGAAAGAGUAUGGACUACAAUUUUAUCUAUCGGGUCGUCAAUAUUCUGUCUAUUUAGACUUUUCUUUGUACAGGAGCACGCCGACAGCUGGGUCCAAGAUGAGAAGUUACUGUCGGAACUGAUUUCACUAGCGAUUUUUGUCACCAUCGACGGUAUGAUUAUCUUGUACUCAGUCCUAGAAGUCAACCCAUGUUAA